AUGUACAGCGAGAGGCAGUACAAUGGCCCUCAGCCCUAUGGUCCACCACAAUCACCACAGUGGAACGGCUAUGGCAGCAGGGCCAGCUUUGGACCACCAGCUGACAACUAUGGUGCUCCGUACCCUGGACCAGGCUCCUAUUACAUUGAGGAAAGUCCACAGCAUUUUUACAAAUGGACAUCCCCGCCAGGAAUCCUGAAGAUUCUGGAAUCUGUCCUUAUCCUCUUGUGUGUGGCCAUAUUUGCUUGUGUCGCUUCCACACUGGCCUGGGACAUGGACUAUACGUAUGGGGGAUUAGGAGGCAUGGGCUAUAGUGGCCUUGGCUAUGGUGGCAUGGGAAGUUAUGGAUAUGGCUAUGGUGGGUAUGGUGGUUAUGGUGGCUAUGGCUAUUAUGGAGCUUAUACCAGCCCCCAGGCUGCCAAGGGCUUUAUGAUUGCAAUGGCCGCAGUCACUUUUAUCAGCGCCAUGGCCAUCUUCGUGGUCAGUGUGUCCAAGUCACAAAGUGCACGUGGCCGCAAGUUCUACCUCCUAGUGGUUAUCUUCAGUGCUCUGCUGGCGGGAAUGCAACUCAUCGCCACCAUCGUCUACAUCAUGGGGGUCAACCCCACCGCUCAGGGUACUGGAUCAAUGUACUACAACCAGAUCCUUAUGAUGUGCAGCACGGUGUACAACGGUGGAGCCAUGGUCAACCAGUACUUGUACCACUAUUGCGUGGUGGACCCACAGGAGGCCGUGGCCAUUGUCUGUGGUUUCUUGGUGGCCAUCCUCCAAGGGGUCAUCUGCUUCUUUGCCCAUAAAACCCGUAGCAAAAUCUGGCGCCACGGUAAGCCCAACAUUUACUGGGACAAGCCCCUGUCGCAGCAGCUGGGCGAGGGCCGCGACGUCGAGGAGUGGGUGAGUACUGCGGCGCAUCCUUUUCGUCUUGUCCGAACAUACGAGCGACUUGAGACUGCGUGA